AUGGAUGAAAACAUUAUCUACUUUUAUGACAAGGCUUCUGAAAGAGUUCGUGAAGAUAGCAUCUACUUAAACAACUAUUUUGAGUCUCCAUUUACGAUAGGAGGUAAAGAAUAUCAAACUGUAGAGCAUUUUUACCAGGCUAAUAAAUAUCCCGACCAUGAUACAUACGAAAUGAUUAGAAACUGCGAGACUCCAGAUCAAGCCAAGAAACUUGCAAACAGCAUGCAAUAUGAUAGAGAAAACUGGCAAGAACGAAAAGAUGAAGUCAUGAUGAGAGCACUUUGGGCUAAAUUUUUACAACAUCCAGAAUUAAAAGAAAAAUUAUUGGAAACAGGAGAUAAGGUAUUGAUAGAAGACAGCAAUAAGGACGCUUAUUGGGGCGGAGCUUUAGAAGGCUCAAGGAAUAGAUUAGGAGAAAUGCUGAUGGAAAUUAGGGUGAAAUUAAGGAGUGAUUAA